GAGGGCUAGGUCCCAUCCCAGUGACCCCAAAGUGCUGGAGGGAGGGGGCGGGGGUGGCCCGGUGCAAAGUGCAUCCCGAAAGCCCCCUGCCUGGCGCCCCGGCGGCCGGCACUCCGGGUUCCGUGAGAGCUGGGCCCUCGCCGCCCCGAGCCCUCCUGGGCCCCUCAGUGGCCGGGCGCUCCCAACCAGGAGCGCGGCAGCCUCCUGCCCCGAGCGCUCGGACCGGGGCUGCCCCCCGCCCGCGCCGGGACUUCCUCCCUGCACCCCUGCCCCAGGCCGCCCGGCGGCCACCGCCGCCGCCUCCGCCCGGCCGGGCCAUCUGGAUGCUGGCAGGCUGGGGCCGGGAGGCGCCGCGGAGGAGCAGGGACAGCCGGGUCCGGCCCUGCCCGGGCUGUUUCCUCAAUGGAGAAGUUGGUGAGUGUGGAGGCGGCUGGAAGAAGGAAGGGAGGCAGCAGCUGAGGAGACAGGUGUGAGCUGGCUGGGGGGCGAGCGACGGCAGGAGAGGGUCUGCCCACCCGCCCGAGCAGCCGCAGAGCUCUGACCAGCUACCACCGUCAAGGUUAAGAAAGAGUUCAUUAACACCAGAAUUUGGAGACACUCUUAAGCCCCAACUCACAAUGCUGUAUGUGCACAAUGAUUAUUAGGCAACCCACAUAUCAGGAAAAGGGACAUUCUUUCAUAAGGCUGAUCCCUGUGACCUAAUGAAUCCUUUGUAAAAAAACGUGGACUCAGCUAGGAUGUUACACCACCAUUGUCGAAGGAACCCUGAACUCCAGGAAGAGUUGCAGAUUCAAGCUGCAGUGGCUGCCGGGGAUGUUCACACAGUGCGGAAGAUGUUAGAGCAAGGCUACUCUCCAAACGGCCGGGAUGCUAAUGGCUGGACCCUGCUUCAUUUCUCUGCAGCAAGAGGAAAGGAAAGAUGUGUUCGAGUAUUUCUAGAGCAUGGAGCUGAUCCCACAGUUAAGGACUUAAUCGGAGGCUUCACUGCUCUUCAUUAUGCAGCCAUGCAUGGCCGGGCCCGGAUUGCACGCCUGAUGUUAGAAUCUGAAUACAGGAGCGACAUUAUUAAUGCAAAAAGCAAUGAUGGCUGGACUCCCCUUCAUGUGGCCGCUCACUAUGGUAGGGACUCAUUUGUCCGACUCCUACUGGAGUUCAAGGCUGAGGUUGACCCGCUCAGUGAUAAAGGUACAACGCCGCUUCAGCUCGCCAUUAUCCGAGAGCGGUCAAGCUGUGUGAAAAUCCUCCUGGACCACAACGCCAACAUCGACAUUCAGAACGGUUUCCUGUUGAGAUACGCUGUGAUUAAAAGCAAUCACUCUUAUUGCCGAAUGUUCCUCCAGAGAGGAGCAGACACAAACUUGGGUCGCUUAGAAGAUGGACAGACUCCUUUACAUUUGUCUGCCCUUAGGGACGAUGUGCUCUGUGCACGGAUGUUAUAUAAUUACGGAGCGGACACGAACACAAGGAACUAUGAAGGACAGACCCCAUUGGCUGUUUCAAUAAGCAUUUCUGGAAGUAGUCGACCGUGUUUGGAUUUCUUACAAGAAGUCACAAGUGGAGACACUGAGGCCCAGAAGAGGGAUUUGCUCACACAGGUUCAACCCGCAUAUUAGAGGCCUACCUGGGACAAGAACUGACAUUCCGAUUUGUAAUGGACAGCCCAGAAACUUGCAGGACCUGUGCCGAAUUAAAAUUCGACAGUGUAUAGGCCUUCAAAACCUAAAACUACUUGAUGAACUGCCAAUUGCCAAGGUCAUGAAAGACUACUUAAAACACAAAUUUGAUGAUAUCUGAUACACAGAGAACUGUGAGCGAGAUUAGGAGUUAUAUUCCAGAUACUUAAAAGGCUUUUUGCCUUGCACAAAGUAUAUCCUAUGCAAUUUCUGAUUUGCUGUGAAGUCAGAAAGCAGGUAUACACUUUACAGGUUUUUUUGUUUGGUUGGUUGGUUUUCAUUGUAGGAGAGAGAUUUUUUUAUACACACACACACACACACACACACACACACACACCCCACAUGCUUGAAGGUCUUAAUUUGGUUUCUUGGUCCAAGUUUAAGAGGUCCAAGCUUUCUAUACAAUAUUGCAUUUAAAACAAUUGUUUUUCCAAAAUGACACAAGCAGGUUUGGAGUGGAGAAUUGACCCUUUCCAAAUUUAUGGUUUCAUUGGUGUGCACAGUAUUAUAAACCAGCAGAGCACUUGUUACAGUUUGGAGGCACAAUUUCACCCAGGGCAUCCAGGGCUCUACUGGAAAAUGCCCUAAGAAAUUUUUUAAGUAAUGAUGUCACCUCAUUCAUUUUAAUGAGUACAAAUUGGCUGUUUCAAACUGUUCUUUUUCUAAUUAACGUAGCUUUGGAUGACUUAAACCCAGUCCCUCUGCUUUUUGUUGGUGUGCUCGUUUCUAACUUACUUUUUUAACAGCUGUAGUACACUACCUGGGGACGUUGAGUCUCAACUUCUGUCUCUAGUUGAAUUGUGCUUUUAAAACAAUUAAUGGGAAAGAAAAUAACUUUAUAAAGCCCGUGUAUUCUGUUUUUAAAAUAGUGCCUCCAGUGCAGUACUCUUUCUGGUGUAUUUUAUCCAUUAUUUCACUUGAUGUUCCUCAUUCCACAGCUGGCUUUGUCAUGCCUGUGAGAACAGGAACUGCCACUUUAAUUUUAAUUGCAGAACAUAGAGUCAGUUGCAAUUUCCAUUUUAAGCUUUGUCUUUUACUUCAGUUUAAGCAGAAAAUUUCAUGUCCUGGUGGUAGAGUAUUCCCUAAAAAUAGCCAAAAUACUGUUAAAUCAUUUGGCUUUAAUGGAUAAAUAAUUUUGGAUGGUUUCAUGGUGUUUAUUUCUUCCCAGUUGAAAUAAAAUGUCUAAAGGGUAAAAUUUCUGAUGGGUGCAUAUUUGUAAGUCUGGUUAAUUUCUAAUAUGCUAAUUAAGCAUUUCCUAUCUAUUUUAAAGUUAUACACAGUGACGCUGUUCAGAACAGUUAUUUUCUAGGUUGAUCGGCAUAUGUUUGCAGUAUAAACAUAAAUAUGAUAAAGUGUCAGUAACAGUGGUUCCAGAGAGAUUAGCAAUCUAUGGAGAUGCCCUUGGAAAUGAGCCCUGUGCUUGACGUGUCAUCGUAUUAGUUCCAGAAGAAGCUUUAAAACUAUCCCAGUAUUGUUCUUAGUGCUUUGGGAAAUUUCAGAAUAUUUACACACUAGUAAUAAAUUUAUUAUCAGAAGUUUACAAAAUAAAGGGCUUCUCUUGUCUGAAUUUCUAGUUUUAAGUCAUUAAGUAUAAAGUUAUUUCACCUGAAAAGUAUAACAAAGUAGAAUUGGGGGUCUCCUCUGGCUUUAUCCUUUUUCAGAGCUGACAGUGAUAUUUCCUCAAGCACAAAAUUUAUUCUCUUGGAUGUGGAGUGGCUCUGGCAUCAGAUACCUGCUCUGCUAGGCCUGGGCUGGGAGCAGGUUUCUGAACAGUGGGCAGCUUCGGGGAGAGGGUGAUGUGAGGGAUCACGGCUGGGGUACAUAGCCUCUUCCGCAGGGAACCACUCAAAGUGUGGCCAGUUUUGCAACCAUCCAAAAACUGUAACUGGGAUGUGAUAGAUAGAAAUGGGUAUUCUGACUUUUUUUUCCAUAAAAAUAUCUCCAAAAAGUUAUCUUCUGAGAGAGAGUCCUUGUGAAGCUAGGAGCUGAGCUGUGUUCUCCUCUGGAAACCGAUAAUCAGGUCAGAGCUAAGACACACUUUUGGCAUCGGGCACCUGGCAUGGCCAGAAAUGGAUGGCGUUGCUGCUCCCUGAACCCGGGCCAGGGAGACAAGGACAUGGGAAGGCAGGCAGAAUUCUGUACUUUGAGCAGUGUUACGUUCACACAGGGCUCAUCUCCUCAUGUGUCUAUUAAUUUAUUCAGUUAGUUUAAAAUGAUUUUCUUUCCCCAGCCAUUCAGAGGUCUCCAAAACUAAGUUCACCACUGAGUCAGAGUCAGGAAAUUCCAAGUAAAAAGAUCAGAUGAAGGUAAAUUCUUUGUUCUAUAUUGCUGCUUAGACUUCAGAAAAGAAAAAAAAUUAUGAGAGCUCUUCCUGGAAUCAGAAUUUCUAUUUAAUGAAGAAGUGUAUAAUUCUGUUAUUUGUUUGAUGUUUGAUUUUUCUGGAAGCUUGAAAAGAAUGUUUUAUUUUUGUUGUUACUAGAAUCCCAGUCACAUACCGUCUUUAACAAUAACUAAAAUGUCUCAGAGUUGCUAACUGGCAGAAUACAGGGGUGAAUGUGCAGGCCUGCUCUCCAGUUUGGUUGGCAGAGAAGCGCUCUGUAGUAACAUGAUGAGAACAAGUGUUUUCAGAAGAUCAACUGGUUUUUCCAGAAUCUUGACUGAAAUGUUCAGAAUAGUAUCACAUUUGUCACUGAUCCUUCUGUUUCUUUUGAAAUUUAUUAUUUAAGCCUGUUACUAAACCUUUAUAAAAAUAUAUUUGGCAAGUACACCAAAGACACCAGCUCAUAAAAGAUUAUGAUCAUUAAUGAACUGCAAACCUCAUCUUUUGCAAAUGGAAGAUUUUUUUUGUGUGUGUAAAUAUUUGUGUUUAUAAAUGUACAGCAGAGUAAGGAUGUUUUUUAGAUUAUUUAAUUUCCACAUUUCUAAACUAUUUACUACAGAAUAAUCCACACUUGUUAGUUUGGAGGACUUGACAAUUUUGUUUUUUUAAUUCAUUAUCAGUCAUGCUUGGAGCAGCAUUUCCGCUAGAGAAUUCAGUGUUCUGGCAGUAGCAAGAGUACACAUCUGGAGCGUGAGGGAGUCUAGCUUGAUUUGUCAGAUACACACCCUACGAGACGAGGAUGUGUAGUUUAACUACCACAGUGGACCAUACAAAAACUGAGGUUCUAACUUUGGUGCAGAAUUGCUCAUCAGCCCAGAGUGUCAUUGGGAUGAGGCCCUUGGCCCACAAAUUUAGCUCUCAUGUAACUCCUAGUGUGUUCUAUCAUAAUGUAUUUUGUUCUUCCUUUGUAAUGUAAGUUUUGCUUUGGGUCAGUUUGAAUUAAAAAAAAAAAAAACACUUAAAUCUGGUUUAAAACAUAGUGGAACUGUGUUUUAUUUCUAGUCUGCCUUAACUUUUUAAUACUUCCAGCUAUUUGGUCAAAAGAAAGAAAGUGAACUCUGUCUUUUAUUCCUCAGCAUUUUAGAUAAUUAAGAAUUGGGUAAGAAUGUAAUACAGGAAACAGCACUGUUUCAGAUCAUUUAAGAUCCCCCCCACCCCCACCCCACGCUGCUUUUUAACGCAUU